AGCUUCUCGAUUUUUGUCUGGUACAGUUACACGUUGGCGUGGCGAAUUACUUCGAUCGAAAGUGUAAUCAUCGGCAGAACAAAGGGAAAGGGAUCCGUGAGAUAUUCUGUGGAUCUAUUAAAGCGUCUGAAAACAGUGUGUGCGGCAGUGGCUAUUGCCGUGAUCAGUCUGACAUUUGUUUCUGCAUCACCAAAGUGCCCGGUGGAGAACACGAAUGAUACCAUCUUAAUUCCAAAUGAACAGGACUGCGCAACAUAUUACAUCUGCAACGCAGGUGUAGCAUUUUUAAUGAACUGCAGCAAGGGACUUCUCUUCAACCCUGAAUUACGAGUUUGCGACUGGCCAGAAAAUGUAAAUUGCCAAAAUUCUUCGUCCAGUGCAGCACCUACCGAAGGACCUAGCAGCACAGAAUCUUCUCAGGGACCUAAUAGUACAGAAUCUUCUGAGGAACCUAGCAGCACAGAAUCUUCCGAGGAACCUAAUAGUACAGAAUCAUCUGAGGAACCUAGCAGCAUAGAAUCUUCUCAGGAACCUAGUAAUGAAACCAGCGGCAAAUUCAGAAACAAAUUUAGCAAUGAACCCUGCAACAAACUCAACUAUGAACCCAGCGACGAAUCCAGCGACGAAUCCAGCGACGAAUCCAGCGACGAAUCCAGCGAAGAAUCCAGCGACGAAUCCAGCGACGAAUCCAACGAUGAAUCUAGCGACGAAUCCAGCGACGAAUCUAGCGAAGAAAUGAGAAAAGCA